GUCAUGUGACUGGGGACUGUAGUAAGACAGGUGCCUUCAGUUCACUCUCAGUAAGGGGCUGGUUGCCUGCAUGAGUGUGUGCUCAGUGUCACUGUGGAUUGGAGUUGAAAAAGCUUGACUGGCGUCAUUCAGGAGCUGGAUGGCGUGGGACAUGUGCAACCAGGACUCUGUAUGGAGUGACAUCGAGUGUGCUGCUCUGGUUGGUGAAGACCAGCCUCUUUGCCCAGAUCUUCCUGAACUUGACCUUUCUGAACUAGACGUGAACGACUUGGAUACAGACAGCUUUCUGGGUGGACUCAAGUGGUGCAGUGACCAAUCAGAAAUAAUAUCCAAUCAGUACAACAAUGAGCCUUCAAACAUAUUUGAGAAGAUAGAUGAAGAAAAUGAGGCGAACUUGCUAGCAGUCCUCACAGAGACACUGGACAGCCUCCCUGUGGAUGAAGACGGAUUGCCCUCAUUUGAUGCACUGACAGAUGGAGAUGUGACCACUGAGAAUGAGGCUAGUCCUUCCUCCAUGCCUGACGGCACCCCUCCGCCUCAGGAGGCCGAAGAGCCGUCUCUACUCAAGAAGCUCUUACUGGCACCAGCCAACACUCAGCUAAGUUAUAAUGAAUGCAGUGGUCUCAGUGCCCAGAACCAUGCAAACCAUAAUCACAGGAUCAGAACAAACCCUGCAGUCGUUAAGACCGAGAAUUCAUGGAGCAAUAAAGCGAAGAGCAUUUGUCAACAACAGAAGCCACAGAGACGUCCCUGCUCAGAGCUUCUCAAGUAUCUGACCACAAACGAUGACCCUCCUCACACCAAACCCGCAGAGACCAGGAACAGCAGCAGAGACAAAUGCACCUCCAAAAAGAAGUCCCACACACAACCACAGUCGCAGCAUUUACAAGCCAAACCAACAACUUUAUCGCUUCCUCUGACCCCAGAGUCACCAAAUGACCCCAAGGGUUCCCCAUUUGAGAACAAGACUAUUGAACGAACCUUAAGUGUGGAACUCUCUGGAACUGCAGGCCUAACUCCACCCACGACUCCUCCUCAUAAAGCCAACCAAGACAACCCUUUCAGGGCUUCUCCAAAGCUGAAGUCCUCUUGCAAGACUGUGGUACCUCCGCCAUCAAAGAAGCCCCGGUACAGCGAGUGUCCUGGUACCCAAGGCAACAACUCCACCAAGAAGGGACCUGAGCAGUCUGAGCUGUAUGCACAGCUCAGCAAGACCUCAGUGCUCCCCAGUGGACACGAGGAAAGGAAGGCCAGACGGCCCAGUCUACGGCUGUUUGGUGACCAUGACUAUUGUCAGUCAGUCAAUUCCAAAACGGAAAUACUCAUUAAUCUAUCACAGGAGCUCCAAGACUCUAGACAACUAGAAUAUAAAGAUGCUCCCUCCAGUUGGCAGGGGCAGAUUUGUUCCUCCACAGAUUCAGACAAGUGCUACAUGAGAGAGACUCCAGAGGCGAGCAAGCAAGUCUCUCCCAGUAGCACCAGGAAACAGCUCCAAGACCAGGAAAUCCGAGCCGAGCUGAACAAGCACUUCGGUCACCCCAGUCAAGCUGUUUUUGACGACGAAGCAGACAAGACCAGUGAACUGAGGGACAGUGAUUUCAGUAACGAACAAUUCUCCAAACUACCUAUGUUUAUCAAUUCAGGAUUAGCCAUGGAUGGCCUGUUUGAUGACAGCGAAGAUGAAAGUGAUAAACUGAACUACCCUUGGGACGGCACGCAGUCCUAUUCAUUAUUUGAUGUGUCCCCUUCCUGCUCUUCUUUUAACUCUCCGUGUAGAGAUUCUGUGUCACCACCCAAAUCCUUAUUUUCUCAAAGACCCCAAAGGAUGCGCUCCCGUUCAAGGUCCUUUUCUCGACACAGGUCGUGUUCCCGAUCACCAUAUUCCAGGUCAAGAUCAAGGUCCCCAGGCAGUAGAUCCUCUUCAAGAUCUUGCUACUACUAUGAGUCAAGCCACUGCAGACACCGUGCACACCGAAAUUCUCCCCUGUGCUCAAGAUCACGUUCAAGAUCACCCUACAGCCGUAGGCCCAGGUAUGACAGCUACGAGGAAUAUCAGCACGAAAGGCUGAAGAGGGAAGAAUACCGCAGAGAGUAUGAGAAGCGGGAAUCUGAAAGGGCCAAACAGAGGGAGAGGCAGAGGCAGAAGGCAAUUGAAGAACGCCGUGUGAUUUAUGUUGGCAAAAUCAGGCCUGACACAACACGGACAGAACUGAGGGACCGCUUUGAAGUUUUUGGUGAAAUUGAGGAGUGCACAGUAAAUCUGCGGGAUGAUGGAGACAGCUAUGGUUUCAUUACCUACCGUUAUACCUGUGAUGCUUUUGCUGCUCUUGAAAAUGGAUACACUUUGCGCAGGUCGAAUGAAACUGACUUCGAGCUGUACUUUUGUGGACGCAAGCAAUUUUUCAAGUCUAACUAUGCAGACCUAGAUUCCAACUCAGAUGACUUUGACCCUGCUUCCACCAAGAGCAAGUAUGACUCUCUGGAUUUUGAUAGUUUACUGAAAGAGGCUCAGAGAAGCUUGCGCAGGUAACAUGUUCCCUGGCUGAGGAUGACAGAGGGACGGUGAAUACCUCACGGGACAGCGCGUCCUUCCCUAACAGACUAUUGCAAGUCAUACUUAGGAAUUUCUCCUACUUUACACUCUGUACAAAAAUAAAACAAAACAACAAACAACAACAAAACAACAACAACAGCAACAAUGGUUUACAUGAACACAGCUGCUGAAGAGGCAAGACAGAAUGGAUAUCCAGUAAGCACAUGUUUAUUCAUGGGUGUCAGCUUUGCUUUCCCUGGAGUCUCUCGGUGAUGGUGUGUGUGUGUGCGCAUGUAUGUGUGUUUGUGUGUGCACGCACAUGCGUGCCUGGCUUGGGGGAAGUAUGUGUGUACGGUGGGGACUAGGGGCUCCUGACCAGAGUGUGCCAGGGCAAACCACUUCAAAUGGCAGCAGUUCCAAGAAGACACACGUAAAACCUAGGACUUCAAAAUGUUCAUAUUCUAUUCAAAAGGAAAAAAAAUGAAUAAAUUCAAAAGGAAAGAAAACUAACCAACCAACCACAAACCAUCGUAAAAUGACAGCCGCUGAUGCGUGGGCAUCAGCCUCCGUACUCUUGUUUUUUUAAGAAAGUACAAAAUCAACUUGAAGCGAGCAUUCUCUCAUAAUGUAAUGAUUAUAUGACAAUCCCGAGGAAACCACAGGUUCCGUAGAACUAAUAUCCUUUCUCUCUCUCUCUCUUUUCUUUUUUCCUUUUGCCAUGGAAUCUGGGUGGGAGAGGAUACUGCGGGCACCGGAAUGCUAUACUUUCCUAACAUUUUGAAGUUGCUGUCGUUCGUCCUUUAUCCUGACACCCAUGUAAAUGUCCAAAAUGUUGAUCUUCCACUGCAAAUUUCAAAAGCCUUGUCCAUGGUCAAGCGUGCGGCUUGGUCAAUGGUUCUUUCUGAGGAGCGAGCACGGUGUUACAUUAUGAAUGAGAGUUGGGUAGAACUCUCUGGGAUGUGUUCAGAUAGUGUAAUUGCUACAUUCUCCGAUGUAGUUAAGUAUUUACAGAUGUUAAAUGGAGUAUUUUUAUUUUGUGUACAUACUAUAAAAGAAUGUUCUUUUUUUGUUACAGCUAUGCACUGUAAAUGCAGCCUUCUUUUCAAAACUGCUAAAUUUUUCUUAAUCAAGAAUAUUCAAAUGUAAUUAUGAGGUAAAACAAUUAUUGUACACUAACCUAUUUAGAAGCUGAACUUACUGCUUAUAUAUAUUUGAUUGUACAAAAAAAAAGUGUGUGUGUCCGUUGAGUGCAGCAACAAAACGAUGCUUUAUGCACAUCCAUCCCUUCCUAGGUGAGCUUUGAUCUAAGCAUCUUGUCAAAAAAUAUCCUAGCCCCUUAAAGGUAUUAACCACUUCCGCGAUAUUUUUCCACAUUUUCUUGUUGCUUGUUUUUCUUUGAAGUUUUAUACACUGGAUUUGUUAGGGGAAUGAAAUUUUCUCAUCUAAAAUUUUUCUAGACGAUAUCAUGAUUUUAUGUAAAGUCUCAAUGGGUAACCAUUAAGAAAUGUUUUUAUUUUCUCUAUCAAUAGUAGUUUUGAAACUAGAGGUCAAAAAUCUUUUUAAAAUGCUGUUUCGUUUUAAUUUUUGUGAUUUUAAUUUGAUACAAAAUGCUGAGGUAAUAAUUACAGUAUGAUUUUUACAAUAAUUAAUGUGUGUCUGAAGACUAUCUUUGAAGCCAGUAUCUCUUUUCCCUUGGCAGAGUAUGAUGACGGUAUUUAUCUGUAUUUUUUACAGUUAUGCAUCCUGUAUGAAUACUGAUAUCUCAUUCCUUUGUUUACUAAAGAGACAUAUUUAUCAGUUGCAGAUAGCCUAUUUAUUAUAAAUUAUGAGAUGAUGAAAAUAAUAAAGCCAGUGGAAAUUUUCUACCUAGGGUGCAUGGCAGUCGUCAGGGUGGAGUUUCCGGGUUUCAUUUGGGUAACUCAGCUUCUGCAGAAGCAGUGUUUCUGCUUGCACUAGCAUGGCCUCUGGCGUGACCAUGAUCUUGUUCUUGAUGACAUUGCUUCUGCUAAAUUCAAUAAAAAACUUCCGAAAAACCUCCAUUUUGAGCAUCAGGAUUUCAUCUGAGUGUGGAGCCCCCGGAAUGGAAAAAAAAACCAAACAUUUGGAGUGUGUAUUCACGUUUCUAAAUUGAGAUCUGAUCACGGUUUGGCUGACGUGACUUUUCUGGAAGACAUGAUAGUCCUACUUUGUAACCCUUCUUUUCCCUCCUCUCGCCCAACACGGUCUCAUACGAUGGAUCUCACCCCCAGGCCAAUGCAGCUCCCUUUGAUAGCUGCAUUCAUUUAUCACCAGCAUACUGUGUUCUGAGUGAAUCCACUGUCUGUCCUGUCCGAUGCUUGCUUGAUUUUUGGGCUUCUUCUUUCUAAGUAGAUAGAAAGCAAUAAAAAUCCUAUGAAACAAACUUGUUCACAGGUUCUGCGUUACAGGAGUAACACAUCUUUAAUCCGCCUAAUUCUUGUUGUUCUGUAGGUUAAAUGCAGGUAUUUUAACUCUGUGUGAACGCCAAACUAAAGUUUACAGUCUUUCUUUCUGAAUUUUGAGUAUCUUCUGUUGUAGACUAAUAAUGAUAAAAAAGACUAUUAAGAGCAAUAAAUUAUUUUUAAGAAAUCAAUAUUUAGUAAAUCAUAUUAUGUGUUCAAGGACCAGAUGUGUUCUCUAUUUUGCCUUUAAAUUUUUGUGAUCCAAUUUUGAAUAUCUUCUCCUUUUUGCCCUGGAUUGUCGACAUGAGUAAAAAUACUUGGUUUCUUUUCUUACUUAUCAAAAGACAGCACUACAGAUUUCAUGUUGAGAAUUAAUUUAUUCCCCCUCUGGCCUGACAAAUAUUGUUACCAUAAAGAUCGUUUUUUUCCCCCCAUGGACUUCCAAUUGCAUCUAAAAUUAGUGAAAAGAGAGAAUCACUAAACCAUCUGAAUAGAGCUUUUAUAUCUUAUGCAGACACUGUGGGUAGCCCAUCAAAAUGUAAACUGUAUUCCUUUUAUUUUUAUUUUUUAAAUUUUUUGGAGAGAAUAUUUCAAAUGAACCCAUGCACCCCAUCAUGACGGGAAGCAAAUUUCAGCAUAGAUCUCUAGGGUUUUUAGAUGACCGUGGGCCAUUGCCUUCAUGCUGUGGUAAGUACCACAUCUACAAUUUUGGUAACCGAACUGGUGCUUUAGAAAUGUGGGUUGUUUUUUUUUUUU